AUGGACGUUAUUGGGUGCAAAUGGGUCUUCAAAACAAAAAUAAAGGAUGAUGGUACUCUUGAACGACUAAAAGCUCGCCUUGUUGCCAAAGUUUUUCACCAAAUUGAUGGUGUCAAUUACACAGAAACUUUCUCUCUUGUCAUAAAGCCCUGCACCAUAUGGAUCAUGCUCAGUCUUACUCUUGUUCAUAAUUGGGAUAUUUGCCAACUCGAUGUCAAGAAUGCAUUCCUUCAUGGUGCAGUUCAGUAUACUGAGAAGGAUUCUCUUCCAUUAACUGAAGGCGUUUUUAAGAAGGCAUUCAAGGAAAAUUAUAAUGAUAAGCUCAAAUCCAAAACAAAACUUAUUGUUGAACAAAGCCCCAUCUUAUCACCAAUCUUCGGUGUUUCACUACGACUCAAGCUAUGUGGGCCUAUCUGCAUCGUAUUUAUCACCAAGACCACAGCGCUUGGAAAUUCCAAUUGGAAUUGGAAAUUAACAAUUACACUCAAGCUUCAACCUGAAUUUGAGCCUGUUCGAGCCAAUUUAUUGAACCGUAAUCUGGUUCCUUUCUUGGAUAUUUGCUUGGGAGAAUUAUUGCGUGAGGAACAGCGAUUAUCCACUCAGAUGGGUAUGACUUCUGAGAAGGUCUUUUCUGAAGCUGUGAAUGUCGCCUAUACAGCACAAGGGAGAGGGAGGAACAAGUUGCAGUGUUUCAAUUGCAAAGAGUUCGGUCACAUUGCUCGCAACUGUCCGAAGAAAGUUUGUAACUACUGCAAGAAAGAGGGACAUCUCAUCAAAGAUUGUUGUGUGCGUCCUCAGAAUCGCCAAUCCCAAGCCUUUCAAGCUGAUGUUCAGUCCUCGUCUUCUUCUGCGCCCUCCACUGUAAGCUCUGAUUCAUCUCACACCUGCCAUGGUUCAACAGAUGAUUGUGUCUGCUUUUACGGCUUUGGGCCUACAAGGAUCAGGUGUCGGGGACGGUGAUCGCGAAGGGGCCUAAAGUGAGACUUCUAUUUCCUUUACAGUUUUCUAUUCCUAAUGUUGUUUCUUUUGCUUGUACGGUUACUGCCAAUAAUAAUGAAGUCUGGCAUAAGAAAUUGGGUCAUCCUAAUUCUGUUGUCUUGACUCAUCUUUUGAAACAUGGUUUUUUGGGCAAUAAAGAUUCAUAUUCUUCGUCUCAUGUAUCUUUUGAUUGUGCUACUUGUCUUCUUGGUAA